UAAAAGAAUUACUUUAUUAAGUUUUUUUAAAAAAGUCUAUAUUCGAGGCUUAGCCUGCAAGCUUUCAGCUUCGAAUAGGCGAGGAUAAGGACACGACACCAGCGCUGUUUUGUAGCUGGAUUUAUACGAGUUCUUUCCUCGCGCUCUCCUCGUUAGAGCAAUCCCCAUGGAUUGCGAUGCGUCCAGUUCAAUUCGACGUUGUUUAACUGAGGUUUCACUAGAACAAGAGGGAAUCAAGAAUAUAGAUCUAGAAUUGGGAGUAGCAGAGAUGAUUCGGGACAAAUUUGUGGGAGGUGAUUCAGGUCAGAUUGAAGGAAAUGGACAGGAGGGUGGAGACUCUGGAGCAGAGGAAGCUGAACUUGCAUUGGAGGCUGGUAAUGUGAUCACCGAGCGACGGAUAGGUUGGACGAGGAAAUCAGCUAGGGAAGGCCCGUCCGCGCGGAUUGCUAUAAACGAGGAGAGUGCGAUUACAAGGGCACUGAGCCAAGCAGCUAGGAAUCGAGGAUCUCCAAUUUUCCAACCUCUGGAGGGUACAUUAUUCAGUAGUAGUGAAGAGGCGAGAGAUUUCUUUAAUCUUUAUUCAUGGGAGAUUGGGUUUGGAAUCCGUUAUGGUCUUAGCAACAAGAAUAAUAAGGGGUACACAACCAGGCAAGAUAUUGUUUGUUCUUGUGAGGGAUCACCGCGAACCUAGAAUUGUGCGUCUAUCAGGACUGGAUGUAAAGUUAUGAUAAGGCUGCUGAGAACAAGUGAUCAUGGGUCGUACAUUAGUCGAGUUAGCACAAGCCACAACCACAAAUUAUCAGAGGGGUAUGCAGAGAAGAAACAGUGGAAUUCUCACGGCAUGAUUGAUCCGAGCACUAAGUAUUUCAUCAAGAAACUUCGAGACAACAAUGUCAGUAUUGGAAGGGUUUGCAGCAUUAUUGGUGUCACAGAUAGUAGUGCUAUGAAUCCAGUUCGUAAAGAGACCAUCAGGUCACUCUGCGCGAAGGUAGCAAGGGAAAAUAUGGCUGAUGACAUUGGUAAAACUGUCAAACUUUUACGGGAAAUGAAAAUCAAAGAUCCACUGAUGGAAGUGAGGUUCAAGGUUGAUGAGCAGGGCACAGUUAAAUCUAUGCUUUGGUGUACUGGAAAGAAUAGGAUGGAUUACAAGAACUUCGGUGAUGUUGUUACAUUUGAUACAACCUAUCGUACCAAUUUGUACAGCUUGCCGUUUGGAAUUUUUAUUGGUGUUAAUUGCCAUUUUCAGUCAAUUAUUUUUGGUGGCGUUCUUUUGUCUACUGAGACAGCAGAAGACUUCCAAUGGGCAUUUCAAAAUUUCAUCGAGAUAAUGGAUGGAUCAGUUCCAAUAACUGUGCUGACAGAUCAAUGCGCGGCAAUGGGAAAGGCAAUUCGGACUAUAUUGCCCGGGACACAUCAUCGAUGGUGUCGUUGGCAUGUCUUGAAGAG